CAACAUUCAUUCAACCCCAACAAACAAAGGAACAAUUCAAAGAAAAACAUAAACCUACAAACUCUCAACAAAAAUUUCCAUGGCAACUACUUCAACUUUAUUCAUUCAAGAAUUCAUGGAAAACUUCCACUACUCAAGAAGAGUACUACUUUUACCAGCCACCCCACAAUACCACCAAGAUAUUAACACCAUGGCACCAACUGAUCUACCACAAGGGGAAAGCAAUACAUUUGAUGCACAUGUUGUUAUGGUAUUAUCAGUACUUUUAUGUGCUUUAAUUUGUUCACUUGGCUUGAAUUCAAUCAUAAGGUGUGCAUUAAGAUGCACUAGCUUAGUAUCAGCGUCAAACUCAUCCUCAAACUAUACGAACGCUUCAGCAACAAAGCUACCAAAUAACGGGAUCAGAAAAAAAGCCCUGAAAAUGUUCCCGAUUAUAACUUACACUGCUGAGUUGAAACAUCCGGGGCUUGACUCCGAGUGUGUCAUUUGCUUAUCUGAAUUUGUUGCUGGAGAGAAAGUUAGGGUUUUGCCUAAGUGCAACCAUGGCUUCCACGUCCGAUGUAUCGAUAAAUGGCUAAAUUCACACUCUUCUUGCCCUACUUGUAGGCAUUGCCUAAUUGAAACAUGUCAAAAAAUUGUUAAUGGUGGUAGUUCUUCUACUACUACAAGGUCAAUUGCAAGCCCUCAGAUAGUUAGCAAUACCUCAUCAGCAGUACCAGUCCAAGAAGUUAUUAUAAGGAUUGAACCUCUCCAACGUGAAGGUGUGGUAUCUAAUAAUCAAAAUUAGUUAGAAAAAUAGCAGCCUACUUGUUUUUUUUUAAAAAAAAAUUCAUUUUAAGGAAAAUUAGCUAGAUAGCAAAAGGGCCAAUGCCCUUGUAGUUUUCCAAAGGAUUCGAUAGCCUUGCAAAUUGUAACAUCAAUUGUAUAUAAAUUGAAUUCCUUUAGUAAAGUUCUU